CGCCACCACCCGAACAACAACAACAAUGCGACAGUAGGCGCAUCCGCGCGACGACGCCUGGCGUUCCCGAGUCUCAGAUGGCGCCAGCGCGCAAGAAGAGCAAGCUGAGCAGCGGCGAUAACGACACGGAGCCUAUCCCGGCGAACCACGGCCAAUCAGCCCAGAACACGACGGGCGUAGAGCAUGGCGCCAAACACAGCGCUGCACCGAUGCAUGCGAACGAGACAUCUGCCUCCAGCGGCAGUGGUGCGUCGCCCGCGAGACGUCCGCCUCAGGACGUCCCCGUGAACCGGCUCAGCUGGUAUUCGGCUGCCUCGUGGAAAUCAAAGGCCUCGCCCACUGCCCAAGUCGCCCGUGAGAGCAUAUCCGUAGCUCAGGGCGUCUCCUCCGAAUCAUCAAGCAAAGACGACAACAAUCGCAGGCCCAGUCAAAGCGUCAGCAAAAGCUUCAAGGGCAGCAGUCGCAAGAGUUUUCCGCUGGUGGCCGAAGAAACCAGAGUCUAUGCUGUGCCGGAUCCUGCGAGCGUGCCGAAAUCGAAGAAGAGCUUGGGUGCCGACGAGAAGAUCAAAGCCAGUGAGAAGCAGCCCGAGAAGCCACUCCCGACAGAGAGCAAGGUAGUUGGAGUCGAAGAAGCUCCAUUGCCGCCUGAGCCCCAGACAGAACCCGCGGAGCAGGAUGCGAAGACGGAAACAGUCAACAUGAGACCGUCCUCCGGCAGUUGGUUCGGAUGGUGGUCCAGGCCGGAUGGUGAUGGCAGUGAUGCCGGGCAAUCAAAGAGUAAGAACAAGGCUGCACUUGACGGGAUGGCAAUAGAGCAAGCGAGCGACACGCCUCUGCCCGAAACCCCGGAAGUAGCACCUGCGGAAAACGUUUCCACAGUGCAUCAAAGCGAUGGGUCAGAAGAUAUCUCGAACGAAGUACGAGCAGAGGAGAUGAGCACUAAUGUCGGAUACAACUCGACAAGAUCUUGGUUCGGACUGUGGAGCAAGGCGCAGAAAGAGCAAGCACAGAAAGAACACGCUGCAGAAGAUGAACAGCAGAAACAGGAAGAAAACAAGCCAGUUCAACAAGGCGAGCCCACUUCACAUCCACCAGAGCAGCUUCCGCCAGCCGUGCAGGUGCCCACGGAGCCAGAGAGCAUCGCGCAGGAUAUAAACACCGGCGAGGGACCCAACCAGAAGCCUGAUGCGGACAGACCUAGGUCAUCUGGCUGGGCGUUCUGGUCGAAGGAGAAGCCGCAGGAUGCUUCCAAUGUUAACAACGAAGACACCCAGAAACAGGUCGGUGAGAUCGCGGUUGCGGACACACCUUCACAAAGCCAUCCCGAGGCAGCGCAAUACAAUGAACAGCGGGAUUCGAAGGCCGAGGUCAAGCGAGGUAACUCGCUUCUACGAAGGGGGCGGAAACAAAAGUCGACGGAUGUGUCAGGCGACACAACGGCAGCGGCUACACCCUCAGGCUCGCAAGCGCAGACUCCCGCAUUCUUCACCCCGAACGACACCCCUGAAGGCUCUCCAGCACCUGUUCAGCGAGGAAAGUUGAAGCAGACUGCGCCAAACCUCGUGUUGCCAACCUUCAGGGACACGUAUCCUGGUGAGAGUAGUCCUGGGUAUAUCAACCGCCUGACGCAAUAUAUUGGCAGUUCCCUACAUUUGACACAACCUGCGAAGCCUGCACAGCAUCCACAUAUCUUGCAUCAGCCGCGCAAAGUAAGAAGGGCUGUUGCUAUUGGCGUGCAUGGCUAUUUCCCUGCAGCUUUAGUUCAAAGAGUGUUGGGAGCUCCGACAGGGACCUCGAUUCGUUUUGCCAACUUUGCUGCAGCUUCAAUCAAACAGUGGUGCGCAGAUCAUCAACCUGAGAUCAAAGAUGUGCAGAUCGAAAAAGUGGCGCUCGAAGGAGAAGGGCUGGUUCGUGACCGUGUGAACACACUGUGGAAGCUGCUCCUGAAUUGGCUUACAGAGCUCCGGCAGGCGGACUUCAUCAUGGUUGCCUGUCAUUCGCAAGGAGUGCCCGUAGCCACACUCUUGGUGCAAAAGCUACUGGACCUGGCCUGCUUGAAUCCAGCAACACGUAUAGGAAUUUGUGCAAUGGCUGGCAUCAAUCUCGGUCCAUUCCCUGAGUACAAUCUACGCUUUUUCGGAGGAAGCGCGUUGGAGCUGUUUGAUUUCUCUAAUAGGAAAUCGAAAGUCUCUAUCGCGUAUUCUGACGCUCUGGACACUUGUCUGCGACACGGUGUCCGGAUCACAUAUGUCGGCGGGCUCGAUGAUCAAUUGGUGAGUCUGGAAUCCAGUCUUCACGCCCCGCUAAGCCAUCCCUACGUGAAUCGGACCAUAUUUGUCGAUGGACAAUUGCACACCUCUAAUUUCCUCAUACACCUCGUCAUCUUUGCCGCAAAACUUCGCAACUUGGGGGUUAGCGAUCACGGAUUAUUACGAGAGAUUUCGGCGCCUCUUGCAGGCAGUAUAGUCAGCGGCGCCGGCCACAGCAGAGUCUACGAUGAUCCUGCUGUAUAUUGCACAGCGAUAGAGUUCGCGUUAGAAAGUAGCGAUGUCUCGCCCGCGGCAUUCGAAGGUGAUUCCAGGCGCGCGAAUACCGACACUCGAAAAUCCAUGGAAGGGGCACUGUCUCGUCGUGGGUCGAACGUGGGCUAUCCAACGAACUUGGCAGCUGCUAAUCACAUGCGCCGCGGCUCACUGGGUAGCUCAAGCUUGGCACCGCCGGGCAUUGCUCCCGUCCUGAGUGCAUUUGAGCCAGCGCCUCUUGCGAGUGCAGCGGAGAAGAAUCCGUUUGUCCUACCGUGGGCCGUCAGAGGUAUGCUCGAAGAAGAACUAGUAAAAAGAGAUUCAAAGCUUCAAGUGGAAGUCAAAGAACUUGUCAAGGAAUUUGAAGAAUGGCGGCCGAGUAGCAAAGUGCUCAAGGAUGUUCGAUGGAGACUCGAGGGAGUACGCAGUAUGCUCUGAAUGAGCCUCAAAGCAGAUGAGACCUGCUCUUGUGCAUACGAGUUCGGGUCCACUUUGGCCAUAUAUUGCGAGGGGUCAACAGUCCUCUGCACUGUAUAAAGGAUUUAGCGAUUUGGAACGACAACAGGCAACGAUUGGGUGAAUUCACUGAUGGCGAACGUGGGUAACGAAGACUUGCCCACGAAUUGAGGUGAAUAAAUGUGAAGCUGCUGGUGGCCUACGGCAGCUGGGGCCGUGUCAGUAGACACAACCAUAACAGACAAUGCUCUGAAUUGUCGAACGUUCUGAGCGAUGACACCGAAUGUUGGAUUGGUGGUCAAACACCGAGGAUCUGAUCCCUUGAAAAGCACUCGCACCCGCGCCCGGAGCAGCACGAUCAAGACUCUCAUGCAGGACAAAACGAAUUUCUCGCACUUCUCCUAGGUGCAGCAGGCACACGCGGCUGGAAACUAUUCUUCCGGAAGCUCACGCUCGUCUCGUGCUAGCUCAAAGGAUGUUGUUUGUUGCGAGGCCUAGUGGGUCUGAAUGUGCUGGUGUUGGUAUAUGGCUGCACGACUCUGCAGAUAGCCCCAGCUGUGGAGCUGUUGCAGCAUUAGCCCACGAGCCCUCCAUUACAGUACGUGUGAAUAGAUUGUGAUGAUCAAUCACGUCUGGAGGGGAUGAGUCCGUCUCCCUGCGGCACGAUUUUCGCACAGUGUUGCAGAUUCAGUCGGAUAUACGCGAUGAUCAGUCAGCAAAUGCCUUCAUUUGCGAUGGUCUAGAAUUCAACAGAGCCCCGGCAACUGGUAUUGACAGUCUGGCGUUCUGCUUCAUUACUAGAUUCCUUGCAGUAAAGUUGAGUUGGGCGCAAUCAAUUUUGUGAUUAGUGCGCGUGG